GCCGUGGCGUCAGUGCAUCUGUGAGCCUUCGAAUCGCCUGUCUCAUUCGAGCUGCCACAUUCUCCCGUUACGUUUCCGAUUGAGAUCUUCCAAGCCCCCGAAGUCUCAAGACAUCUUCGGCGUCGCCCCCCACCCCCAAAUACUUUUGGAGCUCGACGCUAUUCUUAGAUCAGCAGUAGGACACUGUUCUUCCGGUCCUCUUUGUAUUUACUCCAGUUUAUUGAAUAUUUAAUGGAAAAUGGCGAUCUGCGCUCAGUCCUACGGUAUCUUGUGUGUCUUCUCGAUCCAAACUAUACUCCUCAUAUGCGUCUCUACACCGACCGCGGGGAGCCACCUCUUCCCCCAGCAUUACACGAUGAUGCACUGGGCUGGGCGUAUUGAGAAGGAGCUGGAAAAGGUUCUCCAGCAUGUCACCGGCAUACAGCAGAUGAGAUCGAUUUACAACGAGAAGAAGAGCCAGUUUGAGAUCAAGAGGAACAACCCCAAGGACCUGGUGGAGAGGGUGGCCAGGGACAUCUCCAAGCUGCUCAACAGCAAGAGGAAGGCCCUGGAGGUACAACCCACACACAUGAACACACACAGACGUGAACACAUGUACAUCGAUACACCUAUACGUACCCAGCACAAAUGA